UUUGCGGUUGAGCUGCUGUUGCAGCCAGCGCCGAGCCUGGCAGCGGGAUUUGCCGUGCAGCAGCAAGCAGAGGGAGGCUGCAAAAGAGAUUUCUCUUACCUUUGAAUCACUGCAAAGCGAAAAGAGUUGUGGCUUAAUUUUUUUAAAACUUUUUUUUUUAUGUGCUUUUGGAGCAAUCCAAGAGGAGGGUUUUCUUUCUUGUGCUGCUGCAGGAGAGGAGAGAAAGAGGAGUCAGAGCAUCCCCCUGUGACUGCACCAUGCCUCUUGCCCGCCGCACUGGCCAAAUCCCUGAGUCCACUUGGAUCUUCAGCUUCAGAGAGAUGACGGAGCCCUGGAAAGGUGCCGUUGGCUGCCUCGGUGUGGCCAUCUUCUUUGCUAUGACCAUCGGCAUCAUCUCCUGGCAAGCGCUGGAGCAGUCACCAGAGGAGUGGGUGCUGCGGGGCCGCGCUGCAGGGAUGCUGUGGGAGCGCCGGAGGGGUGCCCUGCUCCUGCGGGCGCUGCCAGCGGGGCGGACAGUGGCAGUGAUCACAGUGGGUGGCGUGCCGGCUGCUGAGCCGCCUCCGCCGCGAGACCACUGCUGGCACGAUGGUGGGCAAUUCUGCUAUGCCUGGGAGGAGGAUGCUGAGCUGCGGCUCUCCCUUGAGCCCCCGCCAGCCCCUGGCACCGAGUGCUAUGGUGUCCGCUGGACCCCGCUGCGCCCUGACGUGACGCUGAAGAAUUGCUUCUCCAUGGUCAAUGUCUCCUGGUACGGAGGGGCGAGUGUCCGUGCCCAGCGCUGGCCGCUCAAUGGCGCAGAGAGCCACGCACAGCCCUUCGUUAGCGGCGACUUUGGCAAAAACCCUGCUGGCUACGGGCCUGUUCUGGAGAGAUACUUCUUAGGCUCAACAGGAGUGACGGUGACAGUGGCACCCGAUGUGCCCCUUUUCCUCUCACUGGAAAGCAACAGCCACUUCUGCCUGGGAACGCCAGCAGGCACCGCGGUGCCCCUGCGCUACCUCCUCUGCGUCAGCCCGGACGUGGCGGCUGCGCACCGGCACCGUGGGCAGCCAGCUUGCCGGCAGGCGCGGGCACUGCCGGAUACCGCCCUGCUGGGGUCUCCAAUCUGGUGGUAUUAUGGCCCAGAGAGUUCAGCUGCCAAAAUCAAACGAGGUUUGAGGUCACUGGCCAAGAGGCUGAAGCGGCAUCAUCUUCAGGAGGGUCUGGCCCUACGGGAGCGUGGCACCACUGUCCUUGCUGCUGCAGACCACAUGCCCUCAGAGCGGAGGAAAAGGCACAACUCGACUCAUGCCUGGGACCCUUCUGUGAUAAAGCCGCUGCAGCUCUCCCAUCACGCUGUCCCCAUACACAGCAUCGCCUCCCCACUCUUCCUGCGCUCCCUGCGGGGACGGCGAGGUGGCAAGCUACUGGCUGAGCCCUGCAGCCCCAAUCUUGGGGGCUGCUCGGUCCCACUGCUGACUAUGAAGGGUCGACUUUGUGCCCGUCUGAACGUCACCAGUGAGGUGGCACUGAGCUGGUACCUGGCACGUGCCCAGCGCCUGCAGCAGGCACUGGGGGCCACGUACAUGGUCUUUGAGGGCGCUGAGGGCAACGCUUUCCUAGAGCAAGCUGUCCCACCUCCCACCGAGCUGGUGGGUGACCGAUACACCGAGGCACUGGCAGCGGCACUGGCAACACUGGGAAACACCACUGUCAUCAGUGCUGGUGCCAGAUCCAGUCACCUACCACUCUUCGUCCAGAUGAGCCUGCUGCGCUCAGACUGGAGCCAUGCAGGGCUGAAGGGGGUUAUUCCUUCUGUGCUGCACUACAGCCUCUUGGGCUACAACUUCUUCAUCCCUGAUGCAGUAGGAGGGAGCCUGGCCAGUGACACCCCAGGGGACCCGGAGCUGUACGUGCGGUGGCUGCAGAUCGUGACGUUUCUCCCUGUGAUGGCCUUCAGCACGCCACCUUGGCUCUGCUGCGAUGCCUGGGUCGUGAAUCUUACCCAGCAAUGCAUACAGAGGCACCGGGACUUUGUUGUGCCACUCCUUAUAAAAUACAGCGAGGAAUGGCUCCGUUUGGGGUACCCUAUCUUCCGGCCAGCGUGGUGGCUCAGUCCCACAGAUCCAACUGCUUUUAUCAUAGAGGAUGAAUUUCUCAUUGGAGACGAGGUCCUGGUUGCCCCAAUAACAGAAAAAGGGCAAACGUGGAGAGAUAUCUACCUGCCUGGAGAAGGGCACCUAUGGAUGGAUACCAACACUGCCCGCGUGUUUGAUGGAGGCACCAUCCUCAGGAAUUACUCUGUCAGCCCUGCAGAGGUGCCGGUUUUUGUAAAGACCUCCUAAAUUCACAGAAUUCUGCAGCUUUUGGACAGUUGACCUCUUUCAGAGCAGCGCUGGCCAAAUGUGCUCGCUCUUCCUUGAGACUAUUUCAGCCUAUUUGCACUUUUCUAAGAACUCUUUUUUUUAUUCCCUCCCCCAGCAGAAAUUGUUUGACUCUUUUAGUAUUCACCAUUAUUCUAAAAUAGUGGAAAUACAGCUUUGGUGCAAACAUACAUCCACACAGAAUGUUGACCUGUAUCUUUUCCAGGGUUUUCCCAGUGAAAUGUUUCUGUGUGGGGGUUUAGGAGGGCAUGUCCAGCAUUUCCAGGUCCUCGGUACCAUGCUCAAAUAUACUGCCUUGUCCAGAGAGUGGAUUUCCCAGAAUAGGAGAUAAAUGAACCUCAGCUUAUACCUGAUGGGACAUUUUGCAUUUAAAGGAAAAAACAUAUACAGGGAAAACAAAAUACGAGACCUCUAUUCAUGUGCAAGGACAUUGCAUGUGCCAAGUGCUACCUGCUUCUCUCAUCUCACGUUGGGUAUAUGGUCCCUCAGGAGAGUCUUUGGUAGCAAGAGCCCUACUUUGAGGUUAAUCAGAAAACUGGGUGAAUUCCAGGUCUACUGGAAGCAGGUUCCUGUGGAAGAAAAAUAAUCUUGAUCAAGCAAAGGAGUGGCUCUAACAGAGCAUGGUGUGGACAGAGAGGAUCAUUGCCCACCUUGGAAUACAAACUCCUGAACUUAGCGCUGAACUCCUGUAUGUCCCAGCUAGUGCUUUUCACCAUUUUUUGAAUUUUAUGGGCUUUUUCCAAUUAUUUCUUGC